CGUUAUAGUGAAGAAAUAAAAAGGUGAAGGUGGGGAGAUAGGGUUUGUCUUGUGUUCUCUGGUUGGCAAUUUUUCUUUCGCUUCUUCUUGUUCUCAUUUAUAUCAACCUUCUUCAGAAUUUGGAUUUGAAUUUGAAUUUGAAUUUGAAUUUGAAUUUGGGAGUGUGAGUGUGAGUGCGAUGCCUGAAGAAGAAGUGGUGGAGCUCAAAUUCCGUCUCUACGAUGGAUCCGAUAUUGGACCCUUCCGUUACUCGCCGGCUUCCACUGUGGCUAUGCUCAAGGACCGGAUUUUCGCCGACUGGCCCAAAGGGCUUCGCCUCCGACUUCUUAGCUUCCCUGGAGUCACUGGCUCUGCUCUUUUCCUCUGACUACAAGAAAAUUAUACCAAAGGCAGCAAAUGAUAUAAAACUGAUAAGUGCUGGCAAAAUUUUGGAGAACAACAAGACAGUUGGCCAGUGUAGAGUACCAUUUGGCGAGCUUCCUAAAGGGGUUAUCACCAUGCAUGUUGUGGUCCAGCCAUCUUUGCUCAAAGCAAAAACAGAGAAAAAAGUUGAUGAGAUGCCCAGAAAACACAUAUGUGCAUGUUCGAUAUUGUGAGAACCCAUCAUCAUGAAGAGUUAAGCUGCUGAUCUUGCUUAGUUGUUUGCUGGGAUAUCCAAAGGUCAUGGAUAUGCGUAGCCGGGAAGACAAUAAUUUGUUAAACAGUCCCAACCCCACCAUAGUGGAGUGUUGUUGGAGGCCAUUCCUGUGUAGCAAUGCUUGUCAGUGAUGAUUUUCUCAUGUUUUAUAAAAUGGAUGUUUGAUGUAUCAAGUUAGUUAGGUGCAAUCUAUAUCAAAAUAUCAAAUAUAUAUUACAGAAAAAAGAGGUUCAGUCACUAUUUUCUAAGGAUGUUGAACAGUGUUCACUACCGGAAUGAUCAUACCCGUUUUUGGUGCA